AUGGCUCACUUCGGAAGACGUGGUGUUACGUAUAGCGCGCUAAACAACGAAGUUACUCCACCUUUGGCGAGCCUGGCUGAGACUCCACAUGCACUCCCUGCCAUGGUCACCCUGGAUCAUGAGCACGAGGACACCACCAACGUGAUAAUCCACAAAGUACCCAAAACCAAAGGAGGAUGGACACACAUAGAGGAUUUGGACUCAUUUUUUACCAGAAUGUACCGAUAUUAUAUACGGGGUGGCUUUUACCCAAUGAUAAUGUCAGACUUGUUCUCUCUUUUACAAUUUAUAUUUAUAGUGUGGUUCUCCACUUUCUUGGUACAUUGCGUAAACUACCCAAAGCUAUUUAGAAAUGAUGCAAGCGCAAAUAUAACCAGAAAGUUAACGUUACAAGAAGUAAUAUACUCCCCUCAAGAGUGUGUAACAUUUAUAUCAUGGAAAUGGUGGUGUCUUGUUGCACUGUGCUCUUUCAUUUGGUUAAUGAAAUUAGUCAUAUCAGUGUAUCAUCUCUAUUACGCUUAUGAUACAAAAUUAUUUUAUAAUCAUGCUUUAAAAAUUAGAGAGAGCGAUUUAGCGUGGAUAAAUUGGUCGACAAUACAAGACCGAGUCAGGGAGGCUCAGCCAGAGCACCACAUGUGCGUGCACAAGCAGGAGAUCAAUGAGCUAGACAUAUAUCACAGAAUACUCAGAUUCAAUAAUUACAUGGUAGCAAUGGUAAACAAAAAUUUGCUUCCACUACAGAUUCAUGUGCCUUGUAUAGGAGAUUUUCACUAUUUAUCAAGAGGUUUAAAAUGGAAUCUGGAAUUUUUGUUAUUUUUUAGUCCUUUUAGUCCGUGGGAGAACUGCUGGCAACUCCGCGAGUUCUACAAGGAUCACUCCAAGCGAAUGUUGCUGGCACGACAGUUGGAGAAACAGAUUUUGUUACUGGCGCUCAUCAAUUUACUGCUAGCACCCCUCAUACAGGCCUGGCAGAUACUGUAUUUCUUCUUCAAUUAUGCCGAGUUGAUAAAGCGGUCGCCGGGGUCGCUAGGGCUUCGCACGUGGUCGUUAUACGCGCGAAUCACUCUGCGGCACUUCAACGAGCUCGAGCACGAGUUGAGAGAUCGGCUGAACAGAGCGCACAAGCCAGCCUCCAAGUACUUGGCCAGUUUCACGUCGCCCAUCACUACGGUUAUUGCCAAGAACGUGGUGUUUCUGUCCGCGAGUGUGCUCGGCGUUUUGGUGAUGCUCUCCGUGUACGACGAAGAUGUGCUGACUGUGGAACACGUGCUCACCAUCAUCACCAUUCUGGGGUGUCUGUUGGCCGGUGCUAGAGCGCUGAUAGGUGAAGAGGAGCGCCUCGGCAGCGCGGGUCCCGCGCGCGGCGAAGAGUUGUUCGUGCAAGUGCUCGGGCACGUGCACUACUUGCCGGCCGCGUGGCGGGGCCGCGCGCACACCAAGGACGUCGCCGCGCACUUCCAGCAGCUGUUCCAGUUCCGAGCGGCGUACAUACUGUACGAGCUGCUGAGCCCGUUGCUGUGUCCGCUGGUGCUGCUGUCGCUGCGAGCGCGCGCGCUGGACAUCGUCGACUUCUACCGCAACUUCACCGUCAGCGUGCUCGGCAUCGGCGACGUCUGCUCCUUCGCGCAGUUGGACAUCCGUCGUCAUGGUCAUCCUGAUUGGGCCGCUCCUAAGAAAUACGGGGACAAAGCCAAAUGCAACGCGCAAUACGACCAAGGCGAAGGAGGCAAGACGGAGCUGUCUCUCGUGGCGUUCUCGUGCCGGCACCCCGGCUGGCAGCCGGCGGAGCCCUCGCAGCGGCAGUUCCUGCGCUCGCUGCGCCAGAGCAUGAGCCACGCGCUGCCCGGCAACAACCCGCUUAAUAAAACUAUGUUGGGCUCUUACAUCCAGCAGAGUAUAUUUGGUGCUAAUACUCCCCUUCCCGCUGUGCUAUCGUUUUAUCAGCAGCAGAGACAACCCUACAAAUUACCCGAGAUGGACGAGACGAGCGACGAGGACGACGAGCCCGAAGCGGGCCCGGCGCGGCCAGUGCGGGCCGGCGCGGGGCUCGCUGGCGUGGGCUCCUCGCUGGAGGCCAGCGCGCUCGGCCUGUCGCCCGCCGCGCCCAGCGCCGCCUACGACGAGCCGCGAGACAUGUCCGUCAGCACGCUGCACCUGUACGACCUGCACCUGUCGCAGGCCAGCCAGAACGUCUCGGCGUGCUGCACCAACAACUGCAGCGAGCGGCGCCGCGACGACAGCCGCUGGGCCAGCGGCGAGGACACGCCGCUGCUCCACCGCCCCUAACACUGGUCCCAGCUGUCGCCGCACUUCCAGAAGUACCCCGUCUGGGUGUAGGCGGCCGGCGGGCGGGUAACUAGCGCAAUGGCCAUUUUAAAACGCACUCUAAGAGUAGGCGCACACCGUUGAUUUUUCGUCGGCCGAUAGUUUAGUCGGGCAGUUGAUCAGUAUGGGCAUGUAUGGGAGAGCGCACACUACGCCGAUUCGAUUUGGCCGAUUCUUCAUACAAAUUAAAAUCGGGCACAACUAUCGGCCAACUAAAAAUCAACGGUGUGCGCCUACUCUAAUUCAGCGACAUUCAAUUCAAUUUGUGUUGUUUUUU